AAGAAAACUGAAAUACUUAUUUCCCAGCUGCUUCGCAAAAUUUCAAAAGAAAAAAAAGCUAAAUUACCAUCACUGGUAUCUACUCAAAAGCAUUUUCAGAAGUUCAUGCAAUUUUUUCCAAAGAUUCGAAAUAAAAAUAAUUGGUAAGAAAAGAGAAAACAAUUUAUGUGAUUUAUUGAUCUAAUCAAUAAAUAAAUUAAUUCGGAGACUACAAGACGCAAAUUGUAAAUUUGACCGGCGUUUCCGGCAAGAAAGAAGUACGUUCUUUAUAACAGAGAUAUUUCGUGUGUGUAUAACAGAGUUUUAAACAGUUUUUGCAGUAGUGGUGGUCGUCGUCGUUACUGUUACCGUUGCCGUUGCGUCGAGGACUUUUGUAAUUUGAAUACAAGAAGAAAAAAAUAAUCAUGGCCAAUAAUUACUCCGGGUUUAGUUACGGCGGUACCCAGUACAAUUCGACGGGUACACCGGGGGCAUAUAGUUCCAAUUCAGUUGCGUAUCCGGCUGUAACCAACGCCACUUAUGCAAACGCCGCCGCUUAUCAAUCUGCCGUAGCUGCUGGCAGCGGUAGUUACGCAGCUGGAGGUGCAGCCGGAGCUGCUGCUGCAGGUUAUGCAGGAUACAGUGGUGACUAUAGUCGUGCGCCAUUGCAGGCCUAUGACUCGUCAAAAACAUUUUAUCAGCAGGCGGCCUCCAACUACAACACCGCUGCAGCGCCUACGGUCACCAAGACUCACUACUCGGCACCGCCAGUUAAAAAUGUGACUCCGAUCGGUACAAAACCUACGGUUGGCAAAGAUAAAAGUGGCGCUGGGACUCCUGGAAAAUUGCCUGGAACCGCUGUGACUACAGCACCUGGUUCCUAUUCCAAUUAUGAUGCUGCACUCUACAGUGCUGCUUCCAUGUAUGUGGCUCAGCAACAACAACCUGGUACUGGUAAUCCAGCCAAGUCUAAUGGUUCCGCAGGUGCUUCUGGAAACUGGCCGCCAUAUCGCAAAGGCGGUCCCGGUGGUCCGGGCAACAAAAUUUCGCGGCCGAAGCAGGCACCCAGACCACAACAACUGCAUUAUUGUGAGGUUUGCAAAAUAUCUUGCGCUGGACCGCAAACCUAUCGAGAACAUUUGGAGGGUCAGAAACAUAAAAAACGUGAGGCAUCACUUAAAAUGCAGGCUAGUGCACAAACUACUUCGCAAAAUCGUGGCAACAAUUAUCAUUGUGAACUUUGCGAUGUUACUUGUACCGGCACAGACGCCUAUGCCGCUCAUGUUCGUGGAGCCAAGCAUCAAAAGGUCGUAAAGUUACACCAAAAACUGGGUAAACCCAUUCCCUCGGAGGAACCCAAGAAGAUGUCCAAAAUAAACUUUGUCCCUGCUGGCGGUUCCGCAGCCGGCACAGCAACCAAAGCAGGAGGUGGCGAUGAAGAAGAAAAUCCAGCUGAUGAUAAAAUGGAUGAUAAUGCUGAUGAUGCCAGUAAUCAUGAAAAUACUGACAACAUUAAACCAGUCGGUGGGGAAUUCAUCGAAGAAGUUAAGGAUGAAGAGGGAAAAAUUCUUAGCUUCAAUUGCAAGUUGUGCGAUUGCAAAUUCAACGAUCCAAAUGCUAAAGAAAUGCACAUGAAAGGUCGUCGCCAUCGUCUACAAUACAAACGUAAAGUUCAGCCCGAUUUAGUGGUGGACUUUAAGCCUACACCACGACAACGCCGUCUAGCUGAAGCUCGUGCUCAACGAGCUCUAAUGAAUUCUCAUCGCGGCCAAAAUUCAAACUUUGGUGAUAAGCAGGCAUAUUGGGGCGAUGAACAACGUCGACGUGCUCAGUUCGAUGACGAGUAUGAUUACAAUAAUUGGCUAGCUCGCAGUUUUGGAGGCAAUCAACGUGGAUUCGGUGGCCGCAUGGGUAAUGGACCGCCACCAUUCUUUGGCAUGAUACCUUCAAAUAUUCGUCGUCCGGAAAGCAACGACGACCGUCAUGCCAUUGCUCGUCAUGCACAAAUCUAUCCGAAAGAAGAGGAACUACAGCUUAUUCAACGCAUUGUUUCGCAUACUGAGCGUGCAUUAAAAUAUGUUUCGGAUAGCCUUGCUGAAAAUCCCAACGAUAGCGGUCCUUCUUCGGCUAAAAAAGAGAAAAAUGAUGGCAGUGCUGUCAAAGAUGGACGUGACAAUCAAAUGUUGUCGUUCCAAAAGGAGGCUGACUCUGGAAAUGUUCGCAUUUUAAAGGGUGUUAUGCGCGUUGGAUUCUUGGCCAAGGGACUACUCUUGCAAGGAGACAAUGCCGUUGAAUUGGUCGUACUCUGUUCAGAGAAACCCACAAUUGGUCUUUUAAAGGGAGUUGCAGCUGAAUUACCAGAAAAACUAAAAGAGGUUGCAGGUGAAAAUCCUGUUGACUACAAAGUUGAAGUAUUAAUAGAAGAAUCAGCAGUUUUAGUUCAAGAUGAAGCCGUAUCUGUUAAAAUUUCGUUGACUUCUCCAUUGUUGCGUGAAUCUCCAGAUGGUGGAAAAGCUGAAAAUAAUAGUAGCACUGGUGAUGCUGCAUUGUUGCCGCGAGAACCAUGUCUAAAGGCACUCGCAGAACUUCGUCAUGCCAAAUGGUUCCAGGCUAGAGCAACCGGUUUACAGUCAUGCGUUAUGGUUAUACGCAUUCUACGUGAUCUCUGUCAACGUAUACAAUCCUGGCAGGCAUUGCCACAGUGGUCAAUGGAAUUAUUGGUUGAGAAAGUCAUUUCAUCUGCUGGUUUCCCCAUAUCCCCUGGCGAUUGUUUGCGACGCAUUAUGGAAGCAUUGGCUUCCGGUUUCCUCAUCAAUGGUCCUGGUCUAUUGGAUCCAUGUGAAAAGGAGCCACAAGACGCUCUACACGAUUUGUCUAAACAGCAGCGUGAAGACUUGACCGUUUCAGCACAACUUUUCUUGCGUUACAUGGCAUUCAGACAAAUCUAUAAAGUUCUUGGUAUGGAUCAACUACCAGCUCCAAAAUUUCCAUCACGCCCAUGGCGUAUAAAUCGCAAACGUCGUCGUUCUCAGGGCAAAGACAAUACAGAUGGCGGCGAGCCUGGCAAUAAUAAUGCAGAUGCUGAGGAAUGCGCAUCCGAUGAAAAGAUUCCUAAAAAAGAUGGAAACGAUGCAGCUGCCUAAACAUUUAAAUACACAUACAAUACGUUACCAAUAAUAAUAAUAACACAAACAUAUAUUUAUCUACAUAUUAUAAUUUAUUACAAUGCGUUAUAUUUAGAAUUUCCCAACUGAAAAAAAAGAUGAAAAAAGUAGAGCAGAUAUGUUAACAUUUUGGUAUCCGAGCGAAUCGUACGGAACGAUUUGUUAUUUGAUUUUCAGUUUUGAACCUUCAGUAAUAAUAGAAGUUUUUUUUAUAGACACAUACAAACACAAAAAAUAUGCAUACAAUAUACAUAUAAACCAUGAAGUUAAUUCCGUAUUGCCAUGUAUGUACUUGAUCGUGUAUGGUAUUAAAUAUGAUUAUUAUAAUGAAACAUUAUAAACUUAUGUAUGUAUGUAUGAAUACUUACUUAUAUAUGUAGUACGUUGACAUUGAAGACAACAUAAACAACAUUAUUAACAUUAUAAUAUAAUAUCUUGAAUUUUAAAUAAAAUAAACACAAUCAGAAUUAAAAA